AUGCACAGGGGUGGGAGAGAGAGAGAGAGAGAGAGAGAGAGAGAGAGGCUGCAGGGAUUUGUUGGAUUGAUUCGAGUGCAUGUAAUAAAAGGCAUAAACCUUACAGUGAGGGACUUCAUGACCAGUGACCCUUAUGUUGUUCUCACCCUAGGAAACCAGAAGGCACAAACAUGCGUGGUAAGAUCAUCAUUAAAUCCUAUCUGGGACGAAAAACACCUUUUAUCAGUGUUUGAUAGAGAUACGUUCUCAGAAGAUGAUACGAUGGGUGAUGUCUCUGUCGACCUUCAGCCACUUUAUGCUGCUGUGAAAGUGCAAGAAGCAAUGGGUGACGAACUUGGUAAUGUGCAGGUUGGAAAAUGGGUGGCUACAAGGGACAAUGAUCUGUCAUGUGAUAGCAUGAUAUUUCUUCAGAAUGGUCGUUUGCUGCAAGAUCUUAAGCUAAAGUUGAAAAACGUGGAAUGUGGGGAGUUAGAGAUACAGAUUGAGUGGAUAAUGUUACCACUGCAGCAUUUUCCAUUUCAGCGAUCUUACCGUGCUCAUCACACUUCAGAUUAUCCAGGAACAGAAGUUCCUGGAUCGGCAUCACACAACUCUGUCAAGAGUGGUGGAAAGCCCAGUUCUGUUGCGUUGAUGUUGUCCUGUAUGCCUCGUGAGGAUGUUCCUGUGAUUUUGGCUGCCUCGCGGGAUUUUGGGAGGAGGAUGGUGAUCGCUGCACAGUCGGCUGUAAUCGAAAGCCACAUCGUUUUGGGAUUGAACCACAGCGCCUCUGAGCAAGAGUUCAAGCAGGCUCGCAAAGACCUUGGGCUCUAG